CUUCUGGGCUGGGGUGUGCGCUUGCGCGUAGGCCGAUCGGUGGCGUCUUCCCGUUUGCCGCUGCUGAUAAUCAAGCAAAAGAAAGAUGAGCUUCAUCUAUGGAUUACAGUCUGCUAUUAGAAACUGUAUUUUCUUCCGAUUUAAUUUACUGACCCACUGGCGAAAAUGUAACACACUAGCUGUAACCUCACUGGACUGUCAUCAAGUACAAAUUAACCGUAUAGUAAAUAAGUACCAGAGCCUGGGAGUAAAUCAGUGUGAUAAGUUGACUUCUCUGCCUGGAACCUUUCAUUUCUGUAGGACUUUUAAUAACAAAAGUACAGAGUGCCUCUCAAGUGUCAAAAGUAAGGAAAUUUGGAUGAUUACACAAAAAUGUACUGCAUGGAAUGACUCUUUUUCAAGACAGCAGCUGACCAAAGAAAUUGGAGUAGUUCCUGCUCUCUCAGUAGUGCGUCCUCUAAACCAUUUUCCCGUAAGAGACACCAGGCAUUUCCACACUUCUCCGCGGUUCCAGGCUGCUCCCGUUCCUCUCUUGCUGGUAAUUCUUAAACCAGUGCAGAAACUACUUGCAAUCAUUAUAGGCAGGGGCAUAAGGAAAUGGUGGCAUGCACUUCCUCCUAACAAGAAGGAACUAUUUAAAGAAAGUGUAAGGAAGAAUAAAUGGAAGAUAUUCCUUGGUUUGAGCAGUUUUGGAUUUCUCUUUGUAGUGUUUUAUUUUACUCACCUGGAAGUGAGUCCAAUCACAGGACGGAGGAAGCUACUAUUAUUGGGGAAAGAACAUUUCAGUCUUUUAUCGGAACUGGAAUAUGAAGUAUGGAUGGAAGAAUUUAAAAAUGACAUGCUAACUGAGAAAGAUGCUCGAUACCUGGCCGCUAAAGAAGUGUUUUUUCAUUUAGUUGAAUGCAAUAAAGAUAUUCCAGAGAUCUCUGAGAUCACUUGGGUUAUUCAUGUGGUUGAUUCCCCAGAUAUAAAUGCCUUUGUGCUUCCAAAUGGACAAGUGUUUAUCUUCACUGGGCUUUUAAAUAGUGUGACUGAUAUUCAUCAACUUGCCUUCCUUCUGGGCCAUGAAAUCGCACAUGCAGUACUUGGGCAUGCUGUAGAAAAGGCCAGCUUUGUUCAUUUAUUGGAUUUUCUAGGUCUGAUUUUUCUAACAAUGAUUUGGGCCGUUUGUCCUCGAGAUAGUUUGGCACUUUUGGGCCAGUGGAUACAGUCUAAAUUGCAGGAGUAUAUGUUUGAUAGACCAUACAGUAGAACAUUGGAGGCUGAAGCUGACAAAGUCGGACUACAGCUUGCUGCAAAGGCUUGUGUGGACGUCAGAGCCAGUUCUGUGUUUUGGCAGCAGAUGGAAUUUGCAGAUGUCCUCACUGAUCAUCCCAAGUUGCCAGAAUGGUUAUCCACACAUCCUUCUCAUGGAAACCGAGCUGAGCACUUGGAUAGACUCAUACCUCAGGCUCUUAAAAUUAGAGAGAUCUGUAACUGCCCACCGCUUUCUGGACCUGACCCCCGAGAAGUGUUCAGACUCACUGUGAAGCAUUACCUUGAAGAAUCAGAGAAAGAAGCACUAAAUAUCACUGUUAAGAAACAGAAAGUGGAUACUCUUCCCAUUCAAAACCAGAAGCAAAUCCCGUUAACAUAUAUAGUUGAGAAAAGAACUGACAGUUGAAUUAAAAUUUGGGACACAGGAUAUAUGAAGAAUGCAGCAAUCCUUAUCAUUUUUGUUCCUUUUUCAAAAGAUGAUCAAAAUGAAAAAAAAAAAGUAGAUAUUCAAGGUUGAAUCAUGCGUAUUACAGGUAUUACCUAAAUUAUUCUAGGUUUUUAUUUUUCAUGAAAUAUUGAUAUAUUUUAAUCUAUUUUAAAAUAUCUUCAAAUAAGGAAAAUGUCAUAGAAUAAAUUUAUAUUACACAUUUUA